UGUGGCGGUGGCUCGCAGCCCAGACUGCCGCUUUGGAACUGGGCAGCUACCCCUUAGGCUGGGAAACCAGUUGACCCAUGUACUUGAGGAAGAGUCUGGCCUGCCUCACCUUCUGUACCUGCUAUCUGGCUUCUUACCUCACGAACAAGUAUGUCCUGUCAGUCUUGAAAUUUACCUAUCCUACGUUAUUCCAAGGGUGGCAGACAUUUCUAGGUGGCCUCUUGCUUCAUGUAUCGUGGAAACUGGGCUGGGUGGAGAUCAACAGCGCUUCAAGAGCUAAUGUUUCAACCUGGCUUCCUGCUUCGCUGCUGUUUGUGGGGAUCAUCUAUGCUGGUUCCAGAGCCUUGUCCAGACUGGCCAUUCCUGUGUUUCUCACUUGGCACAAUGUGGCGGAGGUGAUCAUCUGCGGGCACCAGCAGUGUCUGUGGAAGGAGAAAACUUCUCCUGUAAAGAUCUGUAGCGCCCUCUUCCUCAUGACUGCUGCCGGGUUCCUUUCCUUCAACGACCCCCAGUUUGAUCCAGAUGGCUAUUUCUGGGCAAUCAUUCACUUAUUCUGUGUAGGGGCUUAUAAGACACUGCAGAAGUCCCAGAAACCCAGUGCAUUAAGUGACCUUGACCAGCAGUACUUAAACUAUAUAUUCAGUGCUGGGGUCCUGGCAUUUGCAGCUCAUCCUACAGGUGAUCUCCCCAACGUCCUGGACUUCCCGUUCCUGAAUUUCUACAGAUUCCACGGCAGCUGCUGUGCCAGUGGCGUGCUGGGCUUCGUCCUCGUGGUCAGCACCGUGAAACUUCGAAGCCUCAUGGCCCCUGCACAGUGCGCGGCCUGGAUUUUCUUUUCAAAGGUAAUCACAGCAGCUGUCUCAAUAUUGCUGUUUGAUGUGAUCCUGACCAGCGCCACUGUGGGGUGCCUCCUGCUCGGCGCACUCGGUGAGGCCUUGCUGGUCUUCUCUGAGUGGAAGAUCUCCUGAAGGAGCCCCCGGACUGCCGCCUGAGGAGCAGGCCAGCAUGAGACACCCGUGGGGGAUGCUCCAGAGAGCCAGCUCAAGGACCCUUCUCACUCCGGCGCCCGCUGCUCAUCAGAGCCUCAUUGUGGGGCCCCCAGUCUCCGCGUCCUCCUCACAUGCCUUCGCCAGGAGCUGCUCCCACAUGGGGUAGGGGAGGAGGCAGGGAGGCUGGGGGAGUCUUCCCUCUGCGUGUUCCUAUACUGGAGGUGCCUCUGGGACAGGGUUCCUUGCUGUCCUGCCGUCUUGUCCAGUGAAAAGCCCAGAGAGGGUCCUCGCGGGGCAUUCGACUGCAGGCAGGGGCAGAAAUGAAGGUUGAGGGCACAUUCUGGGCCAAGCCAGAAUCCACCAGGGCGCACGGGUAACCCCCAAGGAAGGACCAAGCCUUCCCCUGCCCCAGGCGGGCAGGCUCACACUGGUUUGAUCCUCAGUAUCAUAUAUGGUCCCCCCGAAGACUGCCAGGGGUCACUCUCUUGAGUGCCACUUGGGGCUCAUCCGAGCCAAGAGCCAGGUGUAACCUCUGAGCACCAGGAGUAUGGCCCGACCUCCCACUGCCCCAAAGGAAUUGAGGCCUGGGGCUGAGAAGAUGUUUGGAGAUUGGAGCACGUGUUUAGAGCACGUGUCUAGCGUGUGCACGGCUCUGAGUUGGAUCCAUGGGACCACACGGGCCUCCCCUGGCAUUACCAGCUGUGGCCUGGGGGUCCCUCAGUACCCCUGGGUACCUCUGCUCAGACUCUCAUCUCCACGCCACCCCCCCACACACACAUUAUGGGGGUGACCCCUAUUCUUCUAACUAUCUUGACUUCAGGGGCCCGAGGAGAGUCCAGCCGAUAGGGUGUUUGCCUUGCAUGUAGCUGACCUGGGUUUGAUCCCUGGCAUUCAUAUGGCCCCCUGAGCCCUCCCAGGAAUGCAAAGCCAGGAGUAACCCUGGAGCAUCAUCAGAAAAGAAAAAAAAAAGUCUGACUUCAGAUAUUGCUGCCCAUCUAUACAUUAAAAAAAAAAAAAAAAAAAAAGCUUUUCCCUGGUCAUCCAGCUCUUGGUUUGGGUCAUUUUGAGGUGGGGAAGGAAUCAGUGAGAUUCCUCCAGCCUGGAAGCUGCCCCUGCAGUGAGAUGCCCACGAAGGAGAAUCACUCACCUCCCUGCCCCCCCAGAGACCCGCCCCCCCAGCCUUGAUGAGAAGCCUGGUCCUUCCUAGCACUGCGAGCCGGCGCAGCCAGAGGCCAGGUCUUCUCCAGCUGUUGGAAACAGCCUCGGAAAGUGAAGUCAGUGGCAACAGACCCAGAAUGGCUUCAUUGCCUCGCCUGUCCUUGCUCUCUGCUCAUCUUGUACGGUAAAGGUGUUCACAUGACCUUGGUAAAGGUGUUCAGCAUGACCUUGGCACCUGGGUGCUUUCAGUUCACUCUUUAGAAAAUAAUAAUCUGAGUUUAGAGUUUUUCCACAUGCUGGCCAGCCCUCAAUACUUGGGAGGCCAGUGCUUCUCCAGUUUCAUGACGUGGCAUUUGUCCAAAUGUCACCUUCCCCCACUCUCCAGCUUUUGGAUUAUACCCAGCAAUGCGCAGGCGUCCCUUCUGGCUUGGUGCACAGGGUUGGCUAGACUCGGGGCCGGGGAGCAAAUUCAGGAUUCCAGUAUGCAAAGCUUGCCCCCUGGGCCCCAAAUGCCAUCUUGCGCCACUUUGCAGGCAUUAUUCAGGCAGGUAGAGUGAGGAGAACCAGAAUUCCAAAAGAAUUCAACUCAAAAAUGGCUUCAGGAGAGGCCAGGGUAAUUAUACAGCAGGUAGGACCUCUGCCUUGUACGCAGCCAACCUGUAGGGCUUGAUCCCGGGCAUGCUCUAAGGUCCCCAGAGCCCGCCAGGAGUGAUUCUGAGUGCAGGGCCAGGAAAACGCCCUGAGACUCCUGCUCCUGUGCUCCUCCCUGUCCCCUCCUCCCUUAAAAUGGCUGCAGGAGCAGCUAUAGUGCAGCAAGUAGGGCACUUGCCUUGCACUCAGCCAACCUGGGUUUGAUUUUAGCACCACAUAUGGUCCCCUCCGGGUCCUGCCAGACGCAAUCCCUGAGCUCAGAGCCGGGAGUAAGCCCUGAGCACUGCUGGGUGUGGCCCCCCAAACCAAACAAAAAUCACUGCCAAGUCUCAGAUGAUUUGAAUAAAGACUCAAAUCAGGA